GUGAAUGUGUGUGUGAAUGGGUCUGUGAGUGUAAAGCGCUUUGGAACUUCGAAGAAGAUAGAAAAGUGUUAAAUAAGUAUACGCCAUUAAGCAUUUUUACCAAUUCUUUGGAACAUGAGCGACUGAAAGGAUGAAAAUGGACAAAGUUCAUCAUCUCAUGACUUCAUGCUGCAGCAGUUUUUUUAUGUUUUCUUCUUCAUCUGGUGUGAAUGAUGUGAUGUUAACACUUCAACCAGGAAGUGACCAUAAAAUGCAGAAAUAGAAAAAGUUUCUGCACUGAGACCAUGUGACUCUUCACAUCCCAGAAGCUGAUCUUAGUGGUUUAGAAGAAUGAAGACAUUUGCUGUUAGAAGAGAGGACACGGAUGAACAAAGAGCAGAACUACUAUCAGUCAGUCCACACUGAUUUUCUCAUCAGUGUGAUUUGAUUGUGAGGAUGGGACACACUCUGCUCUGUAAACUGGAGUUCAUCUUAGUGCUGUAUUCACUCCUCCACAGUGGACACACUGAAGAUGCUGUGUUGACCUUUGAACCCAAUUGGUCAACUUUUUUUGUUGGAGAAUCUUUAACCUUCAAAUGUGACAUGAAAGAAGGAAGAAAAUACGACUGGACAUACACAUUGAAGACACGUGAUUGGACACCUUAUCCUGGCGUCACACAACAAGAUUUAGAAAUGCAUCCUCUGCAUGAACGAGACAGUGGUGAUUAUCAGUGCUGUGGUCGCAGGAAGGGUUCAGAUUAUACAAAGUGCAGCAACAGAGUCUCUAUACGUGUAUUAGACAGAGCCAGAGCCACACUGACAGCAGCAACAACAACUGUGUCAGUAGGAGACAGAGUGACACUGAUCUGCUCUGUGGAGAAAUCUGCUGGUUGGAAAUAUGAGUGGUUCAGAAGAACCUCACACACCUCUGAAGACACAAUCAACGAUGGACUAAAUGGAAACAUCAGAGUCUCACAAGGAGGAAUCUACAGAUGCAGAGGAUUUAGAGGAGAACCAGCCGUCUACUCUGAUCCAAGUGAUGAAGUCACCAUUCAAAUAACCUUUUCCAACAAAGUCAGUGUAACCCAAAAACCCAGCUGGUCUCAGAUCUUCAGAGGAGAGAGGAUCACUCUGACAUGUGAGGUUCAGGGAGGUGAAGGAGUUCAGUGGGAGUAUGAAUGGAGAACACCUCAGUCACAGACAUUCAGGACAAAGCAGAAAGACUGGACUAUCACAGCUUCCAUCAGUGGAGACUACAGCUGUAAGAGCAGACCCACAGAUGAUUCAUAUUCUGCUACAAACUGGAGUGAAGCUUUAAGGUUGUCUUUUUUAGAUCCUCCAAAGGCUCAGAUAAGUAGAAGUGGAGGAACUCUGACCUGUUCUGUGAAUCCAUCAUCAUCUGGUUGGAGUUAUUAUUUUUACAGAGAGAAAAACCAGGAAGUGCUGACAGUGCAAAAUACUGAUUUCCAUUCUAAUAGAGAAAUCAGAGUUUCACAGGGAGGAGUCUACAAAUGCAGAGGAGGAAGAGGAGAACCAGUUUAUCACACAGAGUUCAGUGAUCCAGUCACCAUUGUUGGUGAGUUUCUUUGUGUUUUCUUUCUUCAUUAUUGAAAUAAUCAGCAUGAAAACUUCCAGACCUUUAAGAAGUUCAGACAUUCACAUUUAUUAGUCAUUGAAGUCACUCACUGUUCAUCUGAGGAGCUUCUUCACUUCUGACUGCUGGUGAGGAAGUUCUCUUUCUUUCUGUUCUGACCAUCUCCAAGCUUUGACACAAACGUUAAAUAACUAGACGUCAUGUGAUCAGAUCCAAACGUCAAAGAUCCAGUUUGGAUCAGGAUGGUGGACUAAUGUCUCAUUAUU